UUAUUUGACAUUGAAAACAAAAUAAACUGCCAGUUCGGAAGCAAUCAAUACCAUUUAAAAAUAAUUAUUGAAAGCUUUCAUGCAUGAUAAAUAAUAGUUUGUAAAAAUUUGUAUUGGAAUACAUUAACAAAAAUGCCGUGUGAGAUGAUUACACUCCAACUGGGCCAAUGCGGCAACCAAAUUGGUUUUGAGUUUUGGAAAAGAUUAUGUGCAGAACACGGAAUAAAUCCUGAAGGGAUACUUGAAGAUUUUGCUACAGAAAAUAUUGAUAGAAAAGAUGUAUUUUUCUACCAAGCUGAUGAUGAGCACUACAUUCCCAGAGCUGUAUUACUGGAUUUAGAACCCAGAGUCAUAAAUACAAUAUUAAACUCACCUUACUCAAAGCUUUAUAAUCAGGAAAAUGUAUUUUUAUCAAAAAAUGGAGGAGGGGCUGGGAAUAACUGGGCAUCAGGGUUCUCACAAGGAGAGAAACUGAAUGAAGAAAUUUUUGAUAUUAUUGAUAGAGAAGCUGAAGGUAGUGACAGCUUAGAAGGUUUUGUUUUGUGCCACUCCAUUGCUGGAGGUACAGGGUCAGGAAUGGGUUCUAAUAUUUUGGAAAAGUUAUCAGAUAGGUUUCCCAAAAAAUUGGUACAAACCUAUAGUGUGUUCCCCAAUUUAGAUGAAAUUAGUGAUGUAGUAGUUCAACCUUACAAUUCAUUACUUACAUUAAAAAGGUUAACUGAAUCAGCCGAUUCUGUUGUGGUAUUGGAUAAUACAGCCCUUAAUAGGAUAGCUGCUGAUCGUUUGAAAAUUCAGAAUCCUACAUUUACACAGAUCAAUAGUUUGGUUAGUACCAUUAUGUCUGUCUCUACUACUACGCUUAGAUAUCCUUCUUAUAUGAACAAUGAUCUGACAGAAUUACUUGGCCCGUUAAUUCCAACACCACGUCUUCAUUUCCUAAUGACGGGUUACACGCCACUAUCUACAGAUAAUGAUGAAGCAAAUGUCAGGAAAACUACUGUACUAGAUGUAAUGAGAAGAUUAUUACAACCUAAAAAUAUGAUGGUGUCCACAGCCCAAGAUAGACAUUCCCAGCAUUGUUUUAUAUCGAUAUUAAAUAUUAUACAGGGAGAAGUAGAUCCCACACAAGUUCACAAAUCUUUACAAAGAAUUAGGGAGAGAAAAUUAGCCCAAUUCAUCCCCUGGGGACCGGCUAGUAUUCAAGUAGCUCUAUCGAGGAAGUCACCAUAUAUACAGACAGCACAUAGAGUGUCAGGGCUUAUGUUGGCCAAUCACACAAAUAUUAGUUCACUAUUUGAUCGGGCUCUAACCCAGUAUGAUAAACUCAGAAAGAGAGAGGCAUUUCUGGACCAGUUUCGCAAAGAGGAUAUGUUUAAAGACAAUUUGGAUGAAUUAGAUUGUAGCAGAGAGGUGGUCCAAGACCUAGUUGACGAAUAUAUUGCAGCCACAAGAGAAGAUUAUUGUACGUGGGAAAAAUAAACAACUCAUUUUGAAAAGACUGAUCGUUGCCAUAUUUUUAUUUCUUACUUAGGAUAGUAAAAAUUGGUAAAUGUUACAUGAAAAUCAAAGAGUUUAGUCACUCUUCUAUUCACAAAUGGUUUACAUAAUUAUUAAGAAGAUUCAUAGAGUAAUCGCUAUUAAGUGAUUCUGUCCCACUCUUCGAAUCUUUGUUAAUAUAUUAUAAGUUUAUAGAAUAGCUGUGAAAAAAUUGUCUGUCUUUAAGACCAUUUUUAUGAAUUUAUCCAUCCAAUAACAAGACCUAUCUUGGGUUUUAUUUGAAUAGUUUACUAUUAAACUAUUACUACUAAACAUACCCUUACUAAAACUCUGAACGAUUCGUACAUUUUACUCAUUUUAUUUUCCUAAUGAAGUUUUUCUUAAGAUCUGCUUUCAAUAAUCUGUAUAUUUAAGAUCUGAUCUGUUCGAUAUAGGUGUACAUUAACAAUAAAAUCUAACAAAAUUUGUAAUAAAAAUAAUAACAAAUAA